CCAACCCCCUCCACCACACACCCGGAAGUGGACCUCGCGGGCGGCCGCGUCCGCUCCAGACGCCAAGACGUUCACCCACCGCCUAGGCGGCCACUCCACUGACCGAGCUAUGGAUCCGUCCCGCCUGGAGUCCCACCCCACCGGCCGAGAGUCUGACCCCGCAGGCCUAGAUUUCCACUCUGCUGGCCGAGAUGAUUUCUCCACUGGCCACCAGUUCGACUCUCUCUACCAAGAAUUGGACCUAGACUCUCUUAACGAAGAUCUUUUUCCUCAGUCCAUGCCAGAGACCUCCGAGGACACAUACGAAUCCCACCCGACUGCCCAGCCAGUGGCUCUCACAGAGGCCCAGCAGAAGGAGCUCAUAUCCCAGCUCACGAAAUUGGAGGUGGAGAUUGUCGCCCUGCGCCAGGCGCUGGCCGCCAAAGAGAGACGCUGCGUGGAGCUCAAGAGCAAGCUGGGCCUCACGGCCUCGGUGGGGCUGAGGCGGAAUCUGUCCAAGAGCUGGCACGACGUUCAGGUCUCCAACGCCUACGUGAAAGAAAAGACGUCAGCUGCCCUGUUCGCCAUGGGCUCUGCCGUCUGCAGGAAGCUUGCAGACGUCAAGAAGUCGGCCACAUUCAGAUCCUUUGAAGGUCUGAUGGGGACAGUCAAGUCCACAGUCGCAGGUGGCAGAGAGCUGGGCAGUGACUGCCUUCCUUCUUCAGCGAGGACUGGGGAUGACCUGCUCGCCUUUCUGGAGCUGGAAUGAUCCCCUUGGGAACCUGGCCACCUAACCAGUGCAAGAACUCCUUUCCUCGUCACAGUUGCAGUUCUGCCCAUCUAAGACAAGUAGCCAGACCACAACUCUAAAGUUAAUUCAGGAAAUGGACAGAGUCCAGUUUUGAGAAAAGCAAUGCCCAUUUGUACAUAGAUAUUUGCUGCCGUUGAGAUAGAGAACCCAACGUUUUGUAUCCAGUUAUUUUACACUCAAGUUUAAGCAUGAAAUGUUAUCACUAUACUAGCCUUUCUGGGGUUGCAUUUAAAUGGACAGGACAAUGGCUCCAGAGGCUUCUUAGGCAAAGCUCAAACUCUUUUUUGGAAAACUGGUCCAUGGGAAGGCCAAAGUAGGUUUCAAUUUAGAACUGGGAAAAGGUAUGAGAUAAUCUGUAAUUUUACCCCCUUCCAUUUCCUUCCUUCCUUCUCUAAAUCUCAGAAGGAACCUUGAAACCUCCAUCUGGGCUGCGAUUUUUAUUUUAAAAAGAUCAUCAAGAAAACUCGUUUUUCUCUUGAGACCCUCAGAAAGGGGGAAAAAUAUUAGUAGACUAAUUGUUACAUAAUACUAUAACUUUUAUAAAACUUGAUUUUAUUUUAAGCUCCUAAUUAAGCAAAAUAACUUUACCUACAAUUUAGGAGAUUGUUGACUACUUUGGACGCAAGCUGAAAUUGCAACUUUACUUUGCCGUGUGCUUUGUUUGUAAUCUCUUUAUAUAUCAAAAUGAAGGUUUUAAAGUUUAACCCUUGUGGCAGCAUGUCUCUGCCACGGCAGCAUGCCACCUAAAAGGAAGAAUGUUGCUUCUCUGUUCUGCAGCAGUUCCUAGUUAGAUACCAGCUCCUCAGCUGGAGGGAAACCAGCAUAACCAAAUUUAAGAAAGAUAAACUUGUUUUAAGCAACAUUUAAAACAGAAUGCCUCUCCCCUGUAAUGCUGGCUGUCAUGCCUUUGAAGGGAGCUAAUUAAUUAUAUGUCACUGGUCACCUUGACUCCAAGUCUGUCCUUGUUUAUAGUUAACCCCAACGGAGGAGGAAACAGAACUCAACCCUCAGGGAAAUGUCAGGUUAAUAGGAACCUGUAGGAACCUGGUUUCAGUUUGUUCGAACUUUCUCGUAUCUGAUUUUCACAAGAGGAAUGAUACUUUUUGUUUUGUUUCCUUUUCCAUUUUCAAAAUGCCAAGACCUGCCAGCACUAUCAUUCCUCCUGUUCCACUGCCUGAGUUGGAAGUUUAUGUCUUACUGGCUUUCAGCAGGGGGUCUAGAACCUUUAUUUGCUUGGGUAUAUAUUGAUAACAUCUCAUUGCAUAAAGACAGUCAUUCCAGCCUAAGAAAGUGAUCCUGUUUUGUUGAUUCUUGAAUGCUUCCCCUAUACUUUUUGGAUUUCCUACAAGCAAAGCCAAAUACCACUAUACAUGCAAAAGCACCUGGUAAACUGUAAAGUCACUGAUGUAUCCCAACCCACAACAGAUUUCUGAAGACAAAGUUUUGCUUGGAUUAAAACAAGUUGUUCAACUAUUUUAAAUGUUUGUUCUUUUAAUUUUUUAUCAGCCAAAAUGGUUUUCUAUGUUGAACAACUAGAGACAAACUUGCAGCAUGCAUAAAGCCCAAGUAGUCCAACAGGCACAGGAUUUGACCCCAUCCCACAGAAAGCCUCAUGUUAGGAAAAGUCUCAGACUGACAUCAUGGGCCAAACAAAAAUAUAUUCUAUUUUAUUUAAUAAUUCAAAAAAAUUCAAUAACAGUUUCCUCCAAUAAAUCUUCAACUCCCUGAGAGCAGUAAAGAGCAUAUCUAUUUUUCUU